GAUUUACUCCGGGCCAGCUGGUGGCGCUAAAGGACCAUGACGCUGUUAGCUAAACAAAGAAGAACAGCACGAGGGGUUAGCAGUGUUAGCUUGUUAGCAGGCUAGCAGCGUUAGCCUGUGUUGACAGGACGGCUGUGUUUUGUUGGGACGUUUGUGAGGUUUUUGGACAGAAAGGACGAUACGUGGUUCGUGUGGGAACUCUCAGCAUUUUCCAAAGUGUCGUAAAUGAGUGAAGAAGUGUUGAACGGAAAGACAACGUGGAUUGCUGUGAUUUGUGAGACUAGCAGAUGAUCGAUCGGAGCUGCAGUGAAGAGGACGGCGGUGUUUGUGGGAGUUGGAGCUGAAGAUCGGAGCAGGAACCAUGUCUUCAGAACCUCAGGAAGGUUCUGUCAGAGAACAACUAUCAGCUGCUGAAGGAAGCAUCGACCAGAACGAGGAGGAGCUCUGUCGUCAGCGCAGACUGCUGGAUAUCAGCUGGAACCCGCAGCUUCAGCUACACAUUGCAGUCCUUCCCCAGCAUUGGAUGACUGAAGAGGAGGAUCUCUGCAUCCAGCAGAGGAACUUCAGCGUGAAACAGGAGGAACCAGAACCUCCAGAGAUUAAAGAGGAACUGCAGGAACCAGAACUUCCACAGAUUAAAGAGGAACUGCAGGAACCAGAACCUCCACAGAUUAAAGGGGAACUGCAGGAACCAGAACCUCCACAGAUUAAAGAGGAACUGCAGGAACCAGAACCUCCACAGAUUAAAGAGGAACCAGGAGAACUCUGCAUCAGUCACUUGUCAGAAGUCCUCCCCCAGCAUUGUGUGACUGAAGAGGAUCCCUGCAACCAGCAGAGGAACUUUAGAGUGAAACAUGAGGAACCAGAACCUCCACAGAUUAAAGAGGAGCCAGAGGAAUUCUGUGUCAGUCAGGAUGAAGAGCAGCUUGAUCUGAAGCGGGAGACUGAUACCUUGAUGGAUACUUAUGAGGAAGAUGAGAACAGUGAAGCAGAUCUAAACAACCAGCAGAGCUUGAAUGUAACUGGUAAAAGCUCAAGAAUUGUUAAUAAUCUCUUUGCCUAUACAAAAUCUGACUCUAAGUUCAGAACUGACAUAAGAACUCACACAGCAGAGAAGCCUUUCACUUGCAAAGAAUGUGAUAAAGGUUUUCGUUUUUUAUCUAAACUCAAAACCCACACAUUAACUCACACAGCAGAGAAGCCUUUCACUUGCAAACAAUGUGACAAAAGUUUUAGUUUUUUAUCUAAACUCAAAACCCACACAUUAACUCACACAGGAGAGAAACCUUUUUCAUGUAAAAAAUGUGAUAAAAGUUUUAGUCGGCUGUCUAUUCUCCAAGGACACAUGAGAACUCACACAGGAGAGAAGCCUUUCACUUGCAAAGAAUGUGAUAAAAGUUUUCGUUUUGUACAUGAUCUCACAAAACACACAAGAACUCACACAGGAGAGAAACCUUUUUACUGUAAAGAAUGUACAAAACCCUUUAGUACCACAUGUCAUCUAAAAAAACACAUGAGAACUCAUACAGGAGAAAAGCCUUUUUCGUGUCAAGAAUGUAACAAAAGAUACAAUGAUGUAUACAAUCUUAGAAGACACAUGAGAAGUCACACAGGAGAAAAGCCUUUUUCUUGUAAUGAAUGUGAUAAAAGUUUUUUCCUUAAAUCUACUCUCAAAACACACAUGAUAACUCACACAGGAGAAAAGGCUUUUUCAUGUAAAGAAUGUGAUAAAAGUUUUACUCGGCUUAGUAUUCUCAAAGGACACAUGAGAACUCACACAGGAGAGAAGCCUUUUUUGUGUAAAGAAUGUGAUAAAUGUUUUAGUGAGUUAUCUUAUCUCAAAAGACACAUGACCAUUCAUACAGGACACAGGCCUUUUUCUUGUAAAGAUUGUGAUAAACGUUUUAGUGAGUUAGGUCGUCUCAAAAGACACAUGUUAAUUCACACAGGAGAAAAGCCUUUUUCUUGUAAUGAAUGUGAUAAAAGUUUUAUUCUUAAAUCUACCCUCAAAACACACAUGAGAACUCACACAGGAGAGAAGCCGUUUUCAUGUAAAUAGUGUAAUAUAAGUUAGUGAUUUAUCUUGUCUCAAAACACACAUGACAACACAUACUGUAGAGAAGCCAUUUCUAGACAAAAAAUAAGAUAAAGAAUUAAGUGGAAAAAUAAAUAAAUAAAAUGUCAAUUAACUUGAGAAACUUGCCAAGGCCUUACUGAGCCUUUAAAGCAAAAUCUUUUUAAUCAUAAAAUUGUUGCCAGUGGCCUUUUAUUUAUGAUUUUGCCGUUUUUACCCUGUGUUGUUGUUGAGACAUAUUUUCUGCAGCACAGCACAAGUUCAUCAGAAAUGCUCAUCUGAGAGGUGGGCGGGACUGUUUUCACAGCUAAUUUUUCUAGCAUCCCUUUGUUUUAAAUGCUCUUCUGCUAGCUCAUAGCACCUCACAAGCUCAAGCUUACAUCAGUGUAGAAAAAAACCCGAAAACUAUCAGAGCUGUACAGUUGUGAGCCAGAUGGCAGCUCAGAGGAGGGAAAUAAUGACAUUGAUGUAGUUGGAUGCAUGGGAAUAGGAGCAGUCAAAGGAGUCUUUGUAUCAGAAACCUGAGCUCUUUCAAAACUUUUGUGAGGAGAGAUGUAUAACACCAGACCCAACAAUGAAGAUACAAAGAUCACAAAGCCACAGGCUAAUGGCUUCCUUCAAUACCAAAUUUAUGCAGUCAUUCAGUUAAAAGGAAGGACAAGGGAUUAUUAAAUGGAAAGAAAUUAACAGUUUUUGGGGAUAAAAACUUUCUUUUUUGGUUUUUCUGACAAUCUAAUUUUCUAAAACACAAUUUUUAAGGGUUUUAUCAUCAAAAACCCACCACAUUGUUCAAAAUAAAGAAUUUUGUGAAGUUGACAAAAAUAUUAAAGUUGUUGAUGAAAUUCUUUUAGAUGUACCUGUAAAUAAAAAUUUGUUGUUUUGAAAUAUGAGAGUAAUAUUAGAUUUUUGAGGAAAUGUUGAAAAUGUUGAUUUUUUCUUGGUUGAUUUUUAUAAGUAGAUUUUUGUACUUUUAUUAAAUAUUGUUUAAAGUUUUUAAGGUUAGCCACUGUGUUUGUAGUCAAUGCUAAGUCUAUGUGUUACCAUGACAACACUAGAAUUACUUUUUACACAUCUCUAAAUCUAGUAUUGUGUGAUUUGUGAACUUUUCAUUAUUGUUUUAAAAAUUAAAUAAUUAGUGUUUAUAUUUUGUUCAGUCAUGUUGUGAAGAAAGAUUUUAGUAAAAAUGUAUCAAAGAAGAGGCAGAUAAAUAGCCAGACUGGUGUUUGUGUCUGGUGUUCUUGUGAUUCAUGUUUUCUAUUAGACAUUAGAACUGUUUAUCUGUUCUGUUUGGUUCUCAGUGUUCUGUCCCAAUCUUUACUGUGAGUAAUAAAGUGAACGUGAACAUCA